GCUCCAGCACCACGGUCUAACAUCCCUCCCUCCUUAAUCACACAUGUAGUCUCGAAGAGUGGUUGACACAUAGCAACAAAAAAUACUGCGAGCUAUGUGGCACGAGUAUGCGUUCACGCCGCUCUACGACCCAAACAUGCCGGAGAGCAUUCCAAAACGCAUCAUCGUGCGCCAGAUGCUUGCAAACCUCUUGGGCGUGCUGGGGACUGGGCUCAGAUGGCUAGCGGUCGUCAACCUGUGGCUUGUGGUGCUGCCGUAUAUUGUGUACUGGUUGACGCGCUUCUACUUUUGGAGCGGUCAGUCCUUUGUUCCCAACGACUCGGUUGCCGCGACUGUCGCUCUUUACAGCGGCGACACUGAUGCCACCAAUGCAACCAUGCAGGCCAAUUCAGCCGGGGCAGUGAUCACAGCUGGCUCGCGCUUUGUUGACCAUGCGUCGUGGCGCGAGUGGUAUUGGCAGUCCGCGACAACAACACCAUCGGCGAGAUUACAUCGUAUACGGGUGUUCUAGAGGGUGCCACCAACACCGCGCUGCUGCUGUACUCUUUAACCAGCAUUGUUGUCAAGGUAUGGACUCGGCUAGCAAAGCGCAUUCUGGGUAUCUCUAUCUCUGAAGAGAACAUCCAUGC